CUCAAGCUGCGAUUUUAUUGUAGCUUCGCCUCUUUCUCUUGCGCGAAAAGCGAUUCUUUUGGUAUGACGAAAUUGACGUCUUUGCUCUUCCUGCUUGCCGGGUGCGCAGCCGACAAGGACGCGCUUCUGGCGGACGAUGAAUGUGCGGAUGGGCAGUGCGCCAUAGAGAUGCUCCAGAAGUUUGAGCGGAAACUGGCCAGCGACGAGUGGGUUGCCCUGAUCGAAGGCUCAGCGUGUUCCAGCAGUGGUGGCAUUACCUGCGAGCAGGUGGGUGAAAUGCGCCAUGUCAAGUUCCCCGCGGGGGAGUUUCCAGUUCCUAGACAGGUCUCUGUGCCUGCGAAUACCAUCAUUGAGGGCGCCGGCAAUCCGAACAGCGGCGACAAGGCGACCAAGCCCGACUAUAGAAGUCAAACGGUCUUUGUGGCCACCCACGGAUUGUCAGGCGGUGAUGGCGGCAUUUGCUACUGCCAAAACCUAGAGAGGACCUGGGAGCCACUGUCACCUAGGAACCCGUACCAUUGCCAGCACCUCACCAACGACCAGGUCAGAUAUCUGCGCCCGGGCUUCCUCAUGUACUCCAACACCGUGGUGAAGAAUAUCGCCUAUCAGGGCAAAGACCGCCUGAGGCCUUCAGACAACGGAGCUCUAUGCGGCGGCGGCGUUUUUGAAACCCCCGGCUGUGUCCACAAUCAAUGUUUGUUUUCGCACUUGCAAACUGGCAACGGCCAGCCCGUCACGAAUGUGGUCAUUGAGAACGUGCGGCUCAACGACUACUCCGGUGACCCCCAACAGGCCAGCCAGCUUGCUGUGUGGGUUGCACAGACCAACACUCAGAUGCCGACAACCCAAGUGACCGUGAAGAACCUCGUUGCUAUGUUUCUUCAUGCCGACGGCAUCAACUUCCAUGGCUUUGUUCAGAACGCCCUGGUGGAUGACACCUACAUCCAGAACACCGGGGAUGACAUCUACGCCGUGUGGGGCAGUCACUUCGAUUCUCGGAACAUCGUCUUCCAGAACUCCAUCGGGGUGGAUGCGGGAAGGGCGCGUUCCAACCACUACGGCUCCUGUGUGGCGGUCUACGGCGCCAAGGAGGUCACCUUCCGAAAUAUCAAGUGCUGGGCACCUGAGCAGAACAGGAGAGAUUGCUAUGACUCAAAGAACCACGGCGAGACCUGCAACGGCUGUUUGGGCAUCAUCAAGCAGAGCUUUGAUGCCGACUACUCAGGAUCAGUGUUCACCUUCGCCGGCUGCGAGUUCUAUCAGCUGAAGCGCAACGGGAGAAACUCCUACGAUCUCAGCAACCCUCAGCCUACAAACCGUCCAAUCGUUUGCAACAACGAGUGGCACGGAGGAGGUUUGGAAGUCAGGGUCAGCUGAGAAGUCUUAGCUCCCCACUUUUGAGGCUCGAGUCAGAGCCACAGAUUAGCUAGCGUUAUGGGCUGGACAAGUCUGUGACACGUACUUUUCAGCGUGCGGCUCUGUCGUGCGCACUCGUGCGCGCACGCCAAUCGUUUUAAUGGACGAAGAUUCGUGCCCGUGUGUAAGA